AUCUGCCGCCUGCACUACAGCGGGGGCCCUGUUCUGUGUGAAGUGGUGAAUGGGACAGACAGCCUCCCUCCCUUAAGUACUGAAAAUGGGAGAGGGGGACACAGACAAUGCCCCUCCCUUAAAGAACUGAGAGGAGAAGAGAAGAGAGGGGGACAGAGCAAAGAAGACGGACACAGUGAGGAGAAGAGACUGGGGUGCUUUGUGCUUUGAGAAGAUCGAGCAGGAACUGGAAGACUAGCCAAAGGCAAAGUAGGGAAUGAGGAGGAUAGCCGAGUUACACAGGCCCUGAGGGGAUAGGGUGUCCAGUACAAUGGGAGGAAUGUCGGCAGACUGCUUUUUUCCUGUUCUAACUCCUCGCCCAGGGCAAGGUUUGUCUUAUGUCCUGUUUUUAAGUCAGGGCAAAAGCAAGUUCCUUCUAAAAUUGAGUGCCUUGGUCAGCCCCUCCCCCUUCUGUUAUCAGUUGUAUUUUGAGCCAGGGGUCUUACUCUGUCAUAGGCCCAGCUGACUCGGACUCCUUAUGUAAUCCAGGCUGACCUCAAACUCCAGUAGUUGUCCUGCAUCAGCCUCCCAAGCGCUGGGAUUCCAAGCCAGCCUGGUGCGCCCGCGCUCUCUCUCUGUCACGGGUGUAUAACAAGUCUUUCCCUCAGACCUCCCUAGCUCUAGCGUGGUCCCCCACUUCUCGGUGUCCUCUUUUACUCUCAAUGGCGUGAAGAAGGGUCACUCUCUCUUUUCCACCCCCCCUACAACCCUUAGAAAAGCCUGUUCCCCUUUCCUGCAGCUCUGGGGCGGGGUUGUGCGGGGGAGGAGGGAAGUUGGCAACAGGAAGUGAGGAGAAGAGCAAAGACUGUGAGGGGAAGAAUUUUUUUAAAAAGCAGCUGGGGACUGGGGUUUCUACCCGUGUACCAGGGGCCCCCUGGCCCAAGGCUGAUGAAUCCCGGCUCCAUGGAGCAGACAGAGACUUUGAUUAGGGACAGCAGUGCCCUGCAACCUCAGGAAUGGCUCGAUCCACAGGGUUUACCAAGCCUCAGCCAAAGCAUCCCAUGGCUUGAUCUCUCGGAACAGCCCGGAGCCCCGAGGCCCUGUCCAGCUCUGCCACAGCUCCUGGAUGACCCCCACGAGGAAAGAUCAGGCCUGCUCAACAUGACCAAGAUUGCUCAAGGAGGGCGCAAACUCAGGAAGAACUGGGGCCCUGCUUGGGUGGUGUUAACUGGUAACAGCCUUGUGUUCUACCGAGAGCGGCCACCGCAGUCUGCACCCUCCCAAGGCUGGGCGCCGGCUGGGAGCCGGCCGGAGAGUAGCGUGGACCUGCGCGGGGCGGCCCUGGCCAGCGGGCGCCAGCUGUCCAGCCGCCGGAACGUCCUGCACAUCCGCACAGUCCCCGGCCAUGAGUUCCUGCUGCAGUCGGACGAGGAGACGGAGCUGCGAGCCUGGCACCGCGCGCUGCGGGCGGUCAUCGAGCGGCUGGAUCGGGAGAACCCCUUGGAGCUGCGUCUGUCGGGCUCCGGACCCGCCGAGCUGGCGGAGCUGAGCGCUGGGGAGGAUGACGAAUUGGAGUCGGAACCGGUGUCCAAGUCCCUAAUGCGGCUUGGCAGCCGCAGAACUUCCAGUCGGUGUGCAGAGGGCACUGACCAGAAGAACCGCGUGCGGAACAAGUUAAAGCGGCUAAUCGCCAAGAGACCAACCUUGCAGAGCCUUCAGGAGCGGGGCCUGUUCCGAGACCAGGUUUUUGGCUGCCAGUUGGAGUCGCUGUGCCAACGGGAAGGGGACACCGUGCCCAGCUUUGUCCGGCUUUGUGUUGAGGCCGUGGAUAAAAAAGGUCUGGAUGUGGAUGGCAUUUACCGGGUGAGUGGGAACCUGGCAGUGGUCCAGAAACUCCGCUUUCUGGUAGACAGAGAACGGGCAGUGACCUCCGAUGGGAGAUACAUGUUCCCUGAACAGCCAGGACAAGAAGGCAAAUUAGAUCUAGACAGUGCUGAAUGGGAUGAUAUUCACGUGGUCACCGGAGCCUUGAAGCUUUUUUUUCGGGAGCUGCCACAGCCUCUGGUACCUUCGAUGUUGCUGCCCCACUUCCGGGAUGCCCUUGAACUUCCUGAGCCAGAGCAGUGCCUCUCUAAAAUACAGAGAUUAAUAGACUCGUUGCCAAGGCCCAACCGUGACACCCUGCAGUACAUCCUGGAGCACCUAUGCAGGGUGAUAGCACACUCUGAUAAGAACCGAAUGACCGCCCACAACCUGGGAAUUGUGUUUGGACCAACGCUGUUUCGACCCGAGCAGGAGGCCUCAGACAUGGCAGCUCACGUGUUCUACCCUGGGCAGCUGAUCCAGCUCAUGCUCAACAACUUUGCUAGCCUCUUCACCUGACUCAGGCGAGGAAGAGGAAGGUGCUUCCUGCAAUUGUUCAGCUAGCCUUUGGAGAGGGCUGGCAGGUUUUCUGUUCUGAAGAUGUCCUGUGAGUGUCCUCCCAAAGGACACUCUUUGUUUCCUGCUCGAGUCUCGCUUGAGCUCCUGGCUGAGAGGGGUUUGCUGAAGAGGAAGGUGUAGGAACUCAUUUCUGCUCUCCCCGACGUGACACACGACGCUUGCUCUCAGCAUUCCUUUAUUGUCAGGAAACUGUGUCAUUAUUAAAGUUUUGGGUUUUUUUUUGGCCUGGAACGUA